UCUCUGACGGCUCCCGGCCAUGGGAUGCCAGGAGGUCUCUGCCCAUGCCCAGAUUCUGCUCCUCUCCGCAGGGCCAGGCUCCUGUGGUGGCUUACUGCAGGCUUUGUGGGGCUCCAUCCAGAGCCCGGGCUACCCCAACUCCUACCCCAACAACGCCCGCUGCGUGUGGCGCAUUCGGCUGCGGGACCCGGCCAGCAGAGUGGAGCUCCAGUUUUUGGAUGUGCAGCUGGAAGGCGGCAGCUGCUCCUACGAUGCCAUCGAGGUGUUCGACGGCGGCUCCCCCGGGGGGCGGCUCCUGGGCACUGUUUGCACCAACGACUCUCGAGUCUUCACAUCCUCCGGCCACCAGCUCACCAUCCUGUUCCGCAGCGACUACAGCAUCACCGGCAGAGGUUUCCAGGCCUACUACUCCUCAUUUCUUGCCUUCAGCAGCACCACAGCACCAGGUAAUUCUGGCUGGGUGACUGCAGGGACAUCAACCUCCGGGCCAGGCUCCUGUGGUGGCUUACUGCAGGCUUUGUGGGGCUCCAUCCAGAGCCCGGGCUACCCCAACUCCUACCCCAACAACGCCCGCUGCGUGUGGCGCAUUCGGCUGCGGGACCCGGCCAGCAGAGUGGAGCUCCAGUUUUUGGAUGUGCAGCUGGAAGGCGGCAGCUGCUCCUACGAUGCCAUCGAGGUGUUCGACGGCGGCUCCCCCGGGGGGCGGCUCCUGGGGCCAGGCUCCUGUGGUGGCUUACUGCAGGCUUUGUGGGGCUCCAUCCAGAGCCCGGGCUACCCCAACUCCUACCCCAACGACGCCCGCUGCGUGUGGCGCAUUCGGCUGCGGGACCCGGCCAGCAGAGUGGAGCUCCAGUUUUUGGAUGUGCAGUGA